ACCUGAGCCAGUGUAAUAAUACUCCCUCUUUGGUUCCGUCUGUCUGAGUCAGCAGGAGCUGCUGCCCUCCAGUGGCUGACGUGGGAUAUUUUUUUUAGGAAAAGCCCCUGCUUGUUUGCCAUUGGUUUCUUUUAAAGACUUGUUGUGCCGUUAUACGUAUUUUCUAAUGGUGUUUAAAAUUAGUUUUUUGGGGGGCUAAGAGAAAUGUGUUAAUCAAAAAUAUUAUUCGUAUAUUACACCGGAAGUACGAAGAUACGUUUUUCCUUGACAACCAACGACGCGUUCUUAGCAACUGCUUCAGAAUGGCAAAAAUGAUUGGUGCUAAGAAAUCAUUGUGGCAACAAGUCUGUGAAGGUAAGAAUAUGAUUCGGAGCAGCCCAGUCCACCCAGCGCUGCUUGGACAGACAGUGGUUCAGUGAGCACUCAUGUCUCCCAGUACAGCGCCAGCAAGCACUCUCCUGUCUUCUAUGGUCUCAUGGCAGCUAAGGUUGCUGUGAAUGAUGAUCCUGUGAAGCAUGUUGACCCUCUUCUGAGCCACCCUGCCCUUGCUGGAUAUUCUGCCUUGGACAAACCUCCAUCCUCCUGUCACAGACAGCCUCAGACCACACACCCUGCAUCCACUCCCCAGCUCCAUCAACGCCCAAUCACCCAGUUCCUGGAGGGGUCCGUGUUCCCAGUGCUACUGCCUGGACUGGAGGCCAUGCUGAGAGAGGCCCAGAGACAACACUGCCUGGAGAGGAAAAGAACAGCAUUCAACGCUUGUGACUUCCUAACUGAGUGGCUGUACAAUCGGAACCCCCGCCGGCAGGGACAGGCCCCUGUGGACUUCCAUGAGAUCCCAUUUGUCAAGGACUGGCUCAGGAUACAUCCCAGGCCUUCCAUCCCUCUCUCCCUACUGCUGUCAGACCAGCAUGCUGCUGUUCUCAUCCAGUCCUUCUGGAGGGGCUAUACUGUUCGGGCCCGUGCAGAUGUGCAGGAGCUGCGCCAGUGGCAGAGGGAGCUUAGAGAGGAUAACCGUGACAUCACCAGAACAGUCCAAGAAUUCUGGGCUCACCAGGAGAGCCGGGUGAGCUCGGCCCUCAAUGACCUCAGGGGGGACUCCACCACCCCUCAGACCCCUCAGCCCGGCGGUGGGUACUCCAACUCAGACGUGUCCAUCCAGGUGGUCUCCCCCACCCCCCAGAGCACCGUGUUCCACACCCCCACCUCCCAGAUGAGUCCUGAGAGCACCGAGUUGCUGACCCCCAGCCUGCAGGGAGUAGAGGACCUGACCAGGGAGGAGAGGACACUAACUGACUCAUUGACCCUGCCCGUGGCUGCUGAUGCUGCCGUCACUGCUUUAGCCACCGCUAUGGAUACCUUUUCCCCAUCCUUAGGUAGCCACUGAAAGGCCAUAGAGGCUGAGGCAAUGUGUGUCCCAAAUGGCACCCUAUUCCCUAUACCAGAGCUUCCCAAUCCUGGUCCUGGAGGGCUGAAAUACAGUGGCUUGCAAAAGUAUUCACCCCUUGGCAUUUUUCCUAUUUUAUUGCCUUACAACCUGGAAUUGAAAUAGAUUUUUUUGUGGGGGGGUUGUAUCAUUUGAUUUACACAACAUGCCUACCACUUUGAAGAUGCAAAAUAUGUUUUUAUUCUGAAACAAACAAGAAAUAAGACAAAAAAACUUGAGCGUGCAUAACUAUUCACCGCCCCCAAAGUCAAUACUUUGUUGACCCGCCUUUUGCAGCAAUUACAGCAGCAAGUCUCUUGGGUUAUGUCUCUAUAAGCUUGGCACAUCUAGCCACUGGCAUUUUUCCUAUUCUUCAAGGCAAAACUGCUCCAGCUCCUUCAAGUUGGAUGGGUUCCGCUGGUGCAAUCUUUAAGUCAUAUCACAGAUUCUCAAUUGGAUUGAGGUCUGGGCUUUGACUAGGCACUUCCAAGACAUUUAAAUGUUUCCCCUUAAACCACUUGAGUGUUUCUUUAGCAGUAUGCUUAGGGUCAUUGUCCUGCUGGAAGGUGAACCUCCGUCCCAGUCUCAAAUCUCUGGAAGACAAACAGGUUUCCCUCUAUUUAGCGCCAUUCAUUAUUCCUUCAAUUCUGAUUAGUUUCCCUGCCGAUGACUAAUAUCCCCACAGCAUGAUGCUGCCACCACCAUGCUUCACUGGAUGGUGUACUCGGUGUGAUAAGAGGUGUUGGGUUUGCACCAGACAUAGCGGUUUCCUUGAUGGCCAAAAAGCUACAUUUUAGUCUCACCUGAGUAUCUUCUUCUAUAUGUUUGGAGAGUCUCCCACAUGCCUUUUGGAGAACACCAAACGUGUUUGCUUCUUUUUUUUUUUCUUUAAGCAAUGGCUUUUUUCUGGACACUCUUCCAUAAAGCCCAGCUCUGUGGGGUGCAGGCUUAAAGUAGUCCUAUGGACAGAUACUCCAAUCUCCGCUGUGGAGCUUUGCAGCUCCUUUAGGGUUAUCUUUGGUCUCUUUGUUGCCUCUCUGAUUAAUGCCCUCCUUGCCUGGUCCGUGAGUUUUGGUGGGCGGCCCUCUCUUGGCAGGUUUGUUGUGGUGCCAUAUUCUUUCUUGUUUUAUAUACAAGGGAUCCAUGGGAUGUUCUAAGUUUUGGAUAG